UUUUAAUCAAUUUUUGGAGCAAAAAAUUGUGAGCUUGAGUUUCGUGGGUAUCAUCAUAACAUCAUGUUCCUUAAAAUGUAAAGUAUCUCUCAAUUUUAAAUUCAAAUAUUGGUAGAUGUAUUUAGUACAGAGUUGAGUCAACUAAAUGGGUGACUGGAAUCGGUUAAAUCGUUGAGUUGACUCAGUUUGAUGUUUUUGGAAAUGGCUAGCAAGGAUUUAGACAUGGGGUUGGAUGUUUGUAUGAUGUAAUUGGAAUCGACUCUUUGGAAUCGACUACUCUUUGAAAUCAAAUAGAUACUCAACAAGGUAACAAGGAUGAAGAACGCUACAGUUUCGAAUUGUGAAUGGAGAGUAGGUUUGCGAUUUUAAGAGACAGAUAAAUAUGAAUGAGCAAUUAGAAUGGGAUUUACUUAAGCGUGACUUACAUCAUGUGCCUGUUUUGGUGGAAGAGGACGACAAAAUGGAGAUUAUGGAAAAUUUCAGUACUUCGAAUUGUUAUGAUAAGCUCAUAGGUGAUUUGGAUGAGUGCGGCUUCAAUCAAUUUCUUUGGAAAUCCCAUAUUCCGAACAAGGUUAGUUUCAUUUUGUGGGCUACUUUUGAUGAUUCACUUCCAACUAGGGAUAUGUUGCGUCAUCGAGGUGUUGACAUAGAGAGUGAUCAGUGCAUCCUAUGCAAUAGUGUUAGGGAAUCUGCGAGUCAUAUGUUUCUUCAUUGCACGUAUUCUUUUGAAGUUUGGAAGUACUUCAUUGCAGCCUUCAGAAUUGCUUGGCCUAUACCAAGCACGUUGCUUCAAUUAUUUGAACCUUGGACCAUCAACGUGUUGCGUGGUAAAGGAAGACAAGUUUGGCAAAUAUUGCAUUAUGCAAUUUGUUGGGUUUUGUGGAAGGAAAGUAAUGGAAGGGUUUUUGGAAGUCGACAUAAGUGUGUGCAAGAAAGUAUUGAUUUGGUCAAGCAAUUGGUAGUUUUAUGGUCUUGUGAUAAUGACACAUUCAAGUAUGUCGAUCCAAGUCUUAUUUGGAGUAAUUGGGAUACUCUAAUGUGCAUGUAAUUGGCCUUGGAUAAUUCCUUGGGUUUCUUUUUUCUUUUAAUAUAACCUUCUCUUUCGGAAAAAAAAAAUACUCUUUGAAAUCAACUACUCCUGUAACUACAUUUUUCUUAGAUCAAUUGCCAUUAUGAAUCACUUCCAAAUUCAAAUAUACACUUGACUAAGUAUUCGGUCUCAUUGGCCUUACUCAAUCAAA